UUGCGCCGGCCAGCCUGUGCGCCCGCCGGGCCCGCCGCCGCCAUGGGCAAGCAGGGCAAGCAGGGCAAGCAGGGCAAGCAAGUCGUGGAGGCCGUCAAGCCCACGCGCAGCCGCAUGCCCAGCCUCGUGGGCCCCAGAGAAACAGAACGGAGAAUCAGAGCCAAUGAUGGGGAAUAUAAUACACAAUUCAACUAUGCAAACAACUACAUUAAGACAUCAAAGUACACAGUUCUGACAUUCCUUCCCCUUAAUCUCUUUGAGCAAUUCCAGCGGCUUGCAAAUUUCUAUUUUCUUUGCUUGCUAGUCCUGCAAAUGAUCCCUGUCAUAUCCUCCCUCACCCCUAUCACCACAGGUAUACCACUUAUUGGUGUGCUCGCCCUUACUGCCAUUAAGGAUGCCUAUGAUGACUAUCAAAGACAUUCUAGUGAUCGGCAAGUCAACCAACGCAGGUCAAAAGUUGUACGGAAUGGAAAAUUAGUAGAAGAGCGAUGGGCUCAAGUCCAAGUAGGGGACAUCAUCCGAAUGGAAAAUGACCAGUUUGUUGCUGCAGAUGUUCUCCUUCUUUCUACUAGUGAGCCCAAUGGUCUUUGUUACAUUGAGACUGCGGAACUUGAUGGGGAGACCAAUUUGAAGUGCCGUCAGUGCCUUGUUGAAACUGCAGAAAUGGGUCAGAAUGAUGGUCUUAUAGGAGCUUUCAAUGGUGAAAUAGUUUGUGAAACACCAAACAAUCUACUUAAUAAAUUUGAUGGCACUUUAGUUUGGAGAGGAAAAAGGUAUCCCCUUGACAAUGAUAAAGUGGUUCUUAGGGGCUGUGUGCUGCGUAACACUCAGUGGUGCUAUGGUGUUGUUAUCUUUGCUGGCAAAGAUACCAAACUAAUGCAAAACUCUGGGAAGACCAAGUUUAAGCGCACCAGCAUUGAUAGAUUACUAAACUUUAUCAUUAUAGGAAUAGUUUUCUUUCUCCUAUCGGUAUGUCUGUUCUGUAUGAUUGCGUGUGGAAUCUGGGAAACUAUCACUGGCCAGUUCUUCCAGAUCUACCUUCCAUGGGAUACCUUGGUCCCAAGUGAGAAAAUCAGUGGUGCCACAGUGAUUGCCCUCCUUGUCUUUUUUUCUUAUGCUAUUGUUCUUAACACAGUCGUCCCUAUAUCAUUAUAUGUCAGUGUUGAGGUCAUAAGAUUUGUGCAGAGUUUUUUAAUAAAUUGGGAUGAAAAGAUGUAUGAUGAAAACUCUGGAACUGGCGCUAAAGCAAGAACAACAACAUUAAAUGAAGAGCUUGGACAGAUAGAAUACAUAUUUUCAGAUAAAACAGGAACUCUCACUCAGAAUAUAAUGACAUUUAACAAAUGUUCCAUUGGAGGAAUUUGUUAUGGAGAUGUUAUAGAUGAAAAGACUGGUGAAGUAUUGGAGGUCUCUGAAGUUAGCAAGAGCUCUGCGCCCCUAGAUUUUUCAUUCAAUCCAGAUUAUGAACCAGAGUUCAAAUUUUAUGACGGCUCUCUAGUACAAGCUGUAAGAAAUAACGACCAAGAUGUACAUGCCUUCUUUAGUCUACUAGCAUUAUGUCAUACUGUGAUGGCUGAGGACCGUAGUGGUAACCUUGAAUAUCAAGCUCAAUCCCCAGAUGAGGCAGCUCUAGUUUCAGCUGCACGAAAUUUUGGAUUUGUGUUCAAAGAGCGCUCUCCAAACAGCAUAACUGUUGAUGUUAUGGGAAGUAGAGAAGUUUAUGAAUUGCUGUGUAUUCUUGAUUUUAAUAAUGUGAGGAAGCGUAUGUCUGUGAUCCUACGGAAAGACGGCCGUCUAAGGUUGUAUUGCAAAGGUGCUGAUAAUGUGAUUUAUGAGAGACUACAGCCUGGGAUGGAUGGAAUAAAAUCAAAAACUCAAGAACAUUUAAAUAAAUUUGCUGGGGAAGGAUUACGCACAUUAUGUCUUGCAAUUAGAGACCUCGAUGAAGUCUUUUUUGCCAAUUGGAAACAGCGCCAUCAAGAAGCAGCUCUUUCAAUGGAGAAUAGGGAUGAAAAACUUGAUUCAAUUUAUGAGGAAAUCGAAAGAGACAUGACUUUAGUUGGUGUGACUGCUAUAGAAGACAAACUUCAAGAUGGAGUUCCUCAGACUAUUUCAAAUCUUGGAAUGGCUGGAAUAAAAAUAUGGGUGUUAACGGGCGACAAGCAAGAAACUGCUAUUAAUAUUGGAUACUCAUGUCAGCUGUUGACUGAUGAAAUGGCUGACAUUUUUAUUGUUGAUGGUCAUUCAUAUGAUGAUGUUGAAGAGCAACUCACAGCUUAUAAAGACGCUUUGCGCAACCAAAUGGGAAACUCGCAUAGCAAUAGCUCCACUAGCCCACAAUGUAAUAACCAUAGGGUUGUGGAAACGACUGAUUCUUACAACCCUCCGACUGAAGUUGCAUAUAGAUCACAACCAUCAUCAGACCAUGCGAGGAAUAAUGUAACAGGAACCACCAACACGGCUGUCAGCAUUGUGACUUUCAGGUGGGACCGAAACAGUGAAUCAGAAUAUCAACGAGAUAUAAGUCCAGAAGAACCAGAAGUACCUGCAGGUUUUGCAAUAAUUAUAAAUGGACAUUCUCUAGUUCAUGCAUUGCAUCCUCAGCUGGAAAAACUUUUCCUUGAUGUUUGCACACAAUGUAAAUCUGUGAUUUGCUGUCGAGUUACUCCUUUGCAAAAAGCAAUGGUCGUGGAAAUGCUCAAGAAGAGCCGUAAAGCAGUCACAUUGGCUAUCGGGGACGGAGCCAAUGAUGUCUCAAUGAUAAAAGCGGCUCAUAUUGGUGUUGGUAUCAGUGGACAGGAAGGAAUGCAGGCAGUUCUAGCCUCAGACUACAGUAUACCCCAGUUUAGAUUCCUUGAAAGAUUACUGCUUGUACAUGGUCGCUGGUCAUACUAUCGCAUGUGCAAAUUUUUGCGGUACUUUUUCUACAAGAAUUUUGCAUUUACAUUGUGCCAUUUUUGGUUUGCCUUCUUUUGUGGCUUCAGUGCUCAGACUGUCUUUGACCCCAUGUUCAUUUCAGUUUACAAUUUAUUUUACACAUCACUCCCAGUGCUGGCAUUAGGAAUGUUUGAUCAGGAUGUUAAUGAUCGUAACUCAUUAGCAUACCCUCAACUGUACACACCAGGCCAUAGAAACUUACUUUUUAAUAAAAAAGAAUUUCUUUUAAGUGCAAUCCAUGGCUUUUUUACAUCAUGUGUUUUAUUCUUAGUCCCUUUUGGAACCUACAAAGAUGCAGUUGACUAUAAUGGAUUAGUUCUGUCAGACCAUAUGUUGUUUGGAAGUGUGGUUGCUACUAUACUUGUGAUUGUUGUUACAGCUCAGAUUGCAUUGGACACUUCGUACUGGACUGUUUUCAACCAUGUAAUGGUCUGGGGUUCGUUGUUGUGGUACUUCAUAUUGCAAUACUUUUACAACUAUGUCAUUGGUGGCAGUUAUGUGGGUUCUUUAAGCAAGGCAAUGAAUGAAGCAAAUUUUUGGUUUACUACAGUAUUAACUGUCACAAUUCUGAUGAUACCUGUGCUGGCUUGGAGGUUCUACUUUGUUGAUGUAUUCCCGACACUGUCUGAUAGAGUCCGUUUGAAACAACGACUGGCUCAGUUACGAUCAAGACAAUCCCAAGAUGUAUUGCGCACUCCAUCAGCAAGAAGAACCAGGCGCUCGAUACGAUCUGGUUAUGCGUUUGCUCAUCAAGAAGGCUUUGGUCGCCUUAUUACAUCGGGUAAAAUAAUGAGAAAACUACCUCGCCCCAAUGGUGACUUCUUGUUUCCCAUGGCAUUUGCCUCCCCAAGCCAUGCAGCAAAUGCAUCAACGAGACAAGCCCACUGCAGCAGCAGCAAUGCAUCUUCACCUCAGGACAAUGGUGCUGCACUAACAGAUUCUGGCAUCAACUUGUGAUGGUGGUGUGAGAGCACGGGAAGCCAGACCGUGCAUUACUGUCACCACUUUCGUCUUGUGAUAUUUUUGUGGCAUAUGCCACAAUUUUAGGUAACGUCUCUUAUGAGUGUUGCCAUAAUAAGUUAAAUAAUUGACUCUUUUUUAAAUAUUUUGAUGAGUGAGGACUAAAUAUGUAUGUAUACAUGCGCCUGAUCAUUAAGAUUGCACACCCAUAAAAGCAUAGGGGUGUUGUGUAUCUGAAUGUGUUGUGAUUUUGCUUAUAUUUGUAUGUCACCAAUUCAAUGUUACCAUUUAAAUUGAAUAAAGUGCAAAACUAAUUGUUUUUAAAGAAAUGAUUAUAUACUUUUGUACUGGUGUGACAAUGACAAAAAUUAUCCCUCUUCUUUCGGUAUAAAGUCACUUCUUCACCUUAAGUUGGAAUGCCUAAUUUUUAUUUGUUUGUAAAUAUUCAAAUUGUAUUGUUCUGUAUGAUAUGCUUUAAAAGAAUUUCUUACCAAAGUUGUUUUCUUUGCUUUAAGGGGGCUUGAGUAUAAAUAUUUAUUUUUGUUGCAGUCCAGAAAGUAUAGUUUAUAAAAUCCUGUAUUUUAAAGGGAAAGAUGUCUAUUUUGUACAUAGAAAUAAUUGAUGGAGCAUCUACAAGAUGGCAUUUAAACCUGUGACUUAAUAUGUUAGAUUGUUAAGGCACAUGGGAGUACAAUAUCGAUUUUUAUUUCAAGUAGCUUUUAAGAACACAAACAUUUUAGAUAUCAAUCAAUCUUGCCAAUCAUUUCAACAAGUUCGUUUUCCUUCCAUUGUUGUGUCUACAAUGCAAGGAGUAUCAUCACUCAAGUCUCCUUAUGUUUCGUAAAAUGGGAACAUCUUUUAAAAGAUGUAGGCUGAUAAAAUGUUAAUAAAUUCUUGUUGAACAGAGUUCUAGUGUGCCUUCUUUCUGAAAAGUUAGAAGUCGUUUAAUUAUUUCAUCAAUUCUGGUCUGGUGUGUCUGAUUUGCUUUUGUCAGAUACGCCACUCUUUUAAAAGUAUAUCAAACAUUAUCACUGAGUAUUUCUUGUCCAGUAAGUUAUUAUUUCCUCCUUCACUGGUUACUCCGGGAUUACAUUCAGUUAGCACAUGAUUACAUUGAAAAAAAUUGCUGCUGUAGGUAAAUGAUUGCACAGUCAUUAAAAUAGUGAUUUAUUCUUACAUCAUAAUUUGUCUUUACUGAAUGCUCAAUCGUCUCAAUUUUGAGAUAAUUUAAUCAUGGCUUAGUUUGUAUGUAUUGUUAUUUCUCACAAAGCACACAUUGUACAACCAAGUGGAAGUGUUUAAUUAAAAUUUUACUGAACAUCAGGUGCUGCCAUAAAUAAUACAUGAAUAACCUUCCUUUCAUUUAAUUUCGCCUUCUAAAGCAGCUUUGAUUAUUGUACUUGUUACUACAUAUUGCUCAGCUGAUGUAUUUUACCUUACCAGAAGUGAUCAAAAUCCUUUUUUAAAUUACUUUACCUUAUGCAGGGCUUUUGAGUUGUGCGCUGUAUCUCAUCUUCUUCAACUCAUGACUGAAAUAUUCAAAUACAUGUAAUCGAAUUCCAAGUAUAUUCCUGUUGCUUUUCUCCUUUGGUAGCUCUCUGUGUUCCCUUCAGUACUUGUAUGUUAAAACACAUGUUUCCCCAUCAUUUAACCAAACCUGGAAACCUCCAUGAAUCAUUCAAUCGUUUUAUUUAAAUUCACUCAUGUGGAAGAAAUUUUGCUGCAUCUCUCAUGAAUACAGUGUCUGUCUCAUUGUUAAUUCCUGUAGUGGAUAUGUGAAAAAAAGAAACUUCAUUUUUAAUUCUACAUGAGGUGUCUAUUGACAUAAUUAAGAUGACGUCCUUUUAUUCAAUAUGUGAUCAAAUCUAGCAUUCGGGCCUUUCAUCUAAGAUAGACCUUAACGCCUAUGUAAUGAAAUUGUAUCAUUAGUUGUCACGGCAAAACUCGGAAUUUCAUCGCUGUUGUAUGUUGGGACCUUUCCAUGUUUCAAGUGAAUCACAUUUCCUUGUUUUGAAGUAGAAGUCACCAAAAAUGAAAACGUGGAGUUCCUUGCCAUAAUUUUCUUUCUUUGCAUUUAAGUUUCAGAACUGAACUUGCUCUGCUUUGGUUUACGUUGUAUACUUGAUAAUUAAUUAUUGCAUCCGUGCCUCUAAUUUGUCAUUCCUAUUGAACAUUUUUGUUGUUUAGACACACUUGUGCCACAGCUAAUAGCACAUUUGAACACUUCCUCUCUGUUCCUGAUGUCUGUGAUCCAAGCCUUUGGUUCAAAGUUAAUUGUUUUACUUUUUUCAUUUUUUCACACUUGUUUUUUGCAGUAUAAAUUGUUAUGCAGAAGAUUACUUUGCGUGUCUUCAGUGCAACUGUUGUUCAGUAAGAAUGGAGAGCUGUUCUGUGUAUGUUACUUAGUUGUAUUGCGUUCUGUCAGUAUUGUUAACAUGUUAAAUGUACUUAGAGAAGCUUAUGGAAGUGUUUUGUUUUUAAUUUAUGCUUUGUCAGAUUUUGUAUAAGAGUUAAUACAAAUUUCUUAUGUCUCUAUGGAAAGUGUACAGGCUAUUAAAACAAAUCUUGAUAUAUUUGAAUUUUGGCUUUGCCAGUUAUUAAGAUGUUUUAUAAACCAGUUGGAAGUUCA